GUCAUUGCGAAUACUCUCCUCUCAAAUUUCCCUUCCAACGCCUCAUAAAAAUUCAAUUCAAUGUUCCAACAAGUCUGGAACAAUAUGUACACGUCCCAUAUUCGUUUCUCAAAACUGCAUCAAAAUAUGGGCCCUAAUUAAUCGCUUCCAAACUUUGGACCCCACAUGCUAUUCGUCAGUCCACAAUCAAAUACCCUCUCGACUAUCAAGGUAGAAGACUUGCAAUUUUCUUUACUCCUGUGGAAAGAAUACGAUACUCUUAAUAAUUCGCAUUCCUGACAAAGUCCGAUCGAUAUACACACCAAGAUGGAAGAACCACCACCUUCACUACACCAUGGACUGCCCACUUCCGCAUACGUAUCGGUCGCCCUCUUUCUAUUUCUUAUAGCUAUGGUCUUUGUGUACGGAUUCUAUGAGCAGAGGCAGAGGAUAAGACGAUACGAAGAGGGCCAGGCUGCGAGAGAUGAAGAACGAUGCGAACCUCGCGGGUAUUGGAGAGGCGCUGUUGUGCCAAUUCCGAUGUUGGUAUUCGUACCUAGAGAUGCGCUCUGAAUUGCUGCGCUCCAACACCCCGGUGUCAGAAAGGAUGGAAUAGGGUGGUCAAGGGUGGUGGUUCAUCUGUACGUAGAGGGCAGGCGCGGCCGAGUUUGGAAGCACAGUUUGGUCUAACCUAUACCUUAACCCAAAUAAUCUUCGAGAAAAUGAAAGAGGCAACUUAGCUCCCUUUCCGCAUUCAAGCACGGCGAUGGCUAGUCCAUAACGGUGAUAUUCUCCUUGUCCAUCCUUCUAGGUCAAGCAGUACAUCACUAUUGAAUAAGAUACCUUUUAAAUUUUUAAUCGUCCUAGCUUUUUUAGAGAGCACGGCAUUUUCAGAAUAGUUGGAUGACAGCGCAAAGUUUGAACAUAUCGCAUCAGAGAAGAUUUCUAGUAUUCAAG